GUUCCGUGAACCAGUCGCGGACAUCGCAUCAGAACGAAUGGUUGUACAUUCGCUUGUUGUAUUAUAGAUUAAACAGGAAGAUUAUCUGUUGAAUAGUAAACAUUUAGCAGUAAACUGUAAAGUGUGAAAAUGAAUAUUAAGUCAGUCGUUUGUUUUGUCGGUAUUUCAAUGUUUUUAAUCGUUGUAGUGAAUGCAGAUGUGUCACACAUCGUGGAGGAGAACCCGGUAACCGAAGUUUGCCUGAGAUGUAUCUGCGAAGCAUCCAGUGGAUGUGAUCCAUCAGUUCGCUGCACCGGAGACGCUUGUGGGAUGUUCCGAAUCACCUGGGCUUACUGGGCCGAUGCUGGCAAACCGGUUCUGCAGGGCGAUGUUCCAGAUUCACAAGGCGCAUACGCCAAUUGCGCCAAUGAUGCUCUAUGUGCUGCUCGGACGGUACAAGGUUACAUGAGGAAGUUUGGCCAGGAUUGCAACGGAGAUGGAAUCAUUGACUGUUUGGAUCAUGCCGCUAUUCACAAGCUGGGAGGCUAUGGCUGCAAAAGUGCGGUCCCGGUUGCUUACCAGAGUAAGAUCGAUCAGUGCAUUCACUACGCUGCGAGUACACAGAUCUAGACAGUUGAAUGAUGGUAGUUACUCAUGCAGAUGCAUUGUGUUAGAAUAUUAACCGUUCGACGGAUCAUCGUAAUGGAAUCUGUGUUUAAAUUCUCGUGCCGAGCACUAUCCGUAUAUUGGAGGCGUCAUUAAUUCAUUCUUUUGCAUGUAAUAAAGCACUCAUCGAAAUUUGAA